GUUGCCCGGUGCCGCUGCGCCGUCCCCCGGUUCCGCCGCGAUGCCCAAGGCCCGGCGGGCGCGGGGCUCCGGCCCGGCCCCGGCGCUGCCCUUGGCCGAGCAGAUCCUGCAGGACGCGGCCCCGCGGCUCCGGGCGCGGGAGAAGCGCGGGGCGGAGGAGCCGGGCGGGGAUGGCGGCGGGGACGGGUUCGUGGACGCGCGGCUGUCCCGGCGCAUCCUGGAGCAGGCGCGGCGGCAGCAGGAGGAGCUGGAGGCCGAGCACGGCCCCGGAGCGCCCGCAGCCCCCCGGCAGCGCAGCGCGGUUCUCGGUCCCGGCUCAGACUCGGAGGAUGAUGAGGAGUGGCCUUCGCUGGAGAAGGCAGCAGCGGCCGCGGGACGGAGCGGGGACUACGGCGGGGAGGUGGAGGUGGACCCCGAGGACGAGAAAGCCAUCGAGAUGUUCAUGAACAAGAACCCGCCCCUGAGGCGCACGCUGGCCGAUAUCAUCAUGGAGAAGAUCACGGAGAAGCAGACGGAGGUGGAGACGGCGCUGUCGGAGCUCUCAGGCUGCCCCAUGCCCCAGCUUGACCCCCGUGUUCUGGAGGUCUACAGGGGCGUCAGGGAGGUGCUGUCCAAGUACAGGAGUGGGAAGCUCCCCAAGGCGUUCAAAAUCAUCCCUGCCUUGUCCAACUGGGAGCAGAUCCUCUACAUCACUGAGCCAGAGACGUGGACAGCUGCUGCCAUGUACCAGGCCACCAGGAUAUUUUCCUCCAACCUGAAGGAGAGGAUGGCCCAGAGGUUCUACAACCUGGUGCUGCUGCCGCGGAUCCGGGACGACAUCGCCGAGUACAAGAGGCUCAACUUCCACCUGUACAUGGCUCUGAAGAAGGCCCUGUUCAAACCAGCAGCCUGGUUCAAGGGGAUCCUCAUCCCGCUGUGCGAGUCUGGCACCUGCACGCUCAGGGAGGCCAUCAUCAUCGGCAGCAUCCUCAGCAAGUGCUCCAUCCCCGUCCUGCACUCCAGUGCAGCCCUGCUGAAGCUGGCAGAGAUGCAGUACAGCGGUGCCAACAGCAUCUUCCUGCGCCUGCUCAUCGACAAGAAAUACGCGCUGCCCUUCCGCGUGCUGGACGCCCUGGUGUUCCACUUCCUGGCCUUCCGCUCGGAGCAGCGGCUCCUGCCCGUGCUGUGGCACCAGAGCCUGCUGGCCCUGGCGCAGCGCUACAAGGAGGACCUGUCCUCAGAGCAGAAGGAGGCUCUGCUGGAGCUGCUCAAGUUCCACAGCCACCCCCAGAUCUCGCCCGAGAUCCGCCGGGAGCUGAUGAACUCCGGGACCAGGGACGUGGAGGGGGAGCAGGUGCUGGCCAUGGAGUGAGCGAGCAGGGAAGGGCUGGAGCCUGGCCUGGGCCUGGGGUGCUGCUGGGAGCCUGGAGCUGGAGCAUCCCUGCUGGAUCCUGCUGCUCUGAGCAGUCCCUGGCACAGGCUGUGCCCUCAGAGCUGGACUGUGCUGCUGUCACUGCCACCCAGGAGCCCGGUGCUGCCAGCACGGGGACACUCUGGGCUGUUCCUGGGCACUCUGGGCCAUUCCUGGUCACUCUGGGCCGUUCCUGGGCACUCUGGCCCGUUUCUGGACACUCUGGCCCGUUCCUGGUCACUCUGGCCCGUUCCUGGGUACUCUGGCCCAUUUCUGGUCACUCUGGCCCGUUCCUGGUCACUCUGGCCCGUUCCUGGUCACUCAGGCCCGUUCCUGGUCACUCUGGCCCGUUCCUGGUCACUCUGGCCCGCUCCUGGUCACUCUGGCCCGCUCCUGGUCACUCUGGCCCGUUCCUGGUCACUCAGGCCCGUUCCUGGACACUCUGGCCCGUUCCUGGGCACUCUGGCUUGUUCCUGUACUCUGAAAUAAAACCAGAGCCGUGUCAGUCA